UCUCCGCCGGCACAAUAUCUGAGGCGUUCGCUGGUUUUAGUCGGCCAGCUGCAAAUGUGCAACUGUUAGAGCCAGGAGCUUUGGGCAGUUUCUUCCUGAUGUAAACAGGCUGAACAUUUUCUCCUUUGACAAUGUUUGCUGGUUAUGAAGAUAAAGAGGCCUAUGAAGAUGAACUCUAUCGUGAGGAGUCAUCCAGUGAUACUGGAGUAGAUAGUGAUUUAGAGUUCCAGCUGUACAGCCAAGUGCACUAUGCGAACAACCUCAAUGGACAAAUGAUGGAUAGAAAGAUGGACUCAGCCCAUCCAGACUCUGCUUCAGUUGAAGACAAUGGAAAAUUGACACAGGAAACAAAAAACGCACCUGUACCUUCUGGCAAUGAUGUCAUAGUCAUUUCAGAUGAUCCAGAUAUCAUUAUUCUGUCAGAUACUGAAGAUGACGAUAGUGUAUAUGCCUGCAAAGGUGUUAAGCCCUCAAAUUGUGAACUCCUUGGAAGAAAAGAUCAAUCCAUAGAGAAGUCUGAUCAAGUGUCAGCUGAAUACCUGGAGCCAAGUGUGGGUUGGCUGACCGAACUGCAGAAAUUGUCACAGAACACGGACAGUCUGAGCAGAAAGUUGCCACAGAACCCAGCAGUGAUUAAAGGAGGUGAAAAUUCAGAAACAGAGGAUGAUGAAAAUGUAGAGAGUUGGAUGAUGCUGGGCCAUGAUCAGGAAGAAGAAGAUGAUGAUGAGAUCCAACUCAACGUUGUAGGUUGCGGAACACUGAGAAACGAAGAAGGUGGUCUUCACAAGCAGUGGACCAUCUGUGAAAAAGACCUAAAGCCAUUAUUUGGGAAGCAGCACAAUCGCUACUAUACACCAAAUAAAGCAAACGUGGACUGCAGGAACUGUGGCAAACUGGGACACAUAUCCAAAAACUGCCCAUCUGAUAAGAAAUUGCCAGCUUGUUGUUUGUGUGGGGUUAGAGGUCACCUUCAGAGAGACUGCCUGGAGAGAUAUUGUACAAACUGCAACAUGCCUGGGCACCGGUUUCGGAACUGUAUUGAAAAGGCAUAUUGGAAAAAACAUUGUCGUCGCUGUCAGAUGACUGGGCACUAUGCUGAUGCUUGUCCUGAAAUAUGGAGACAGUAUCAUUUAACGAUCAACCAAGGACCAAUUGUAAAUGGACUUUCUCAACCAAUCGCAAAAAAGUCUGUGUAUUGUUAUAAUUGUGCAAAAAGAGGACAUUAUGGCCAUGAAUGUUCAAGGAAAUUGAUGCAUAGUCAUACCUUUCCUACAUCACCAUUUGUAUAUUACUAUGAUACAGCGCGUGACAUAAAAAUGAGAGAGAAGAGGAUACAGAAAAGGGUUGAAGACCUUAGAGAUGCUGGGUUCUUAGCCAGCUUUCCAACUAAGAGAUUGCGCACAGAUAAUGCAAAUAAGGAUAUGUGCUCCAAGAAAAAGAGGAAAAGCCUGAAGAAAGAAUAUGUCGAGAAAGAGGGAAGAGUAUUCACACAAAACAGCCAGAUGUCAAAACACAAAGCAAAACAUUACCAUCAGUCCUCCCUAUGUCUCAAAACCUUUAGAAAAGUCUUUGAAGAAGAUUUUCCAAGAGAAUUUGCAGCCACGUCAGCAGAAACUGAUGCCCCACACUAUAAAACCCAGCAGAGCCCUCUGUUGUUUAUGCAUGGUAAUUUCAUGCAGAAUGACAGACAUUUAGGUACAACAAAGAAAAAGUGGAACAAGAACAGGGGAAGGAAAAAGCACGCAGAAGGAGAGACUACAGAGUUAGCAAGCAAAAAAAAGAAAAGGGUUAAGAAAGAAAGAGUACAUGUCAGAGAGUCCGUCCCAGAGAAUGCUUUAAUAGUGAAAAAGAAAAAAAAGUGCAAGAAACGUUCAAAAACUAAAUCUCAGGAAUUUGCAAUCCAAUAGGAAUACUGAAUAGUUGCUUUUGCUCCCAGGAGCAGGACACCUAUGCAGCGGUUAAACACUUAAGGUUUUUAAUGUAAGAAUCAUUGUACUAAUUCACUGUGAUAUGGAGUUCAUAAGUUUGCACCGAUGCAAAGAGCUCCAUUAGAUUGUGCUAAACAAGAGCUAGGUUUUAUCCAAAUGGAGGGUGGGUAAGUAAGUUUUGAGUGUAUCAUCCUAGAUUGCUUUUUUGCCACACUGGGGAGGGAGAGCUGAGUGCAGAGCAUCUGUACAGCCUGUCUAAAACGAGCCCUGAACCACAGUGAAAAGGAAACAAUCAGCUUGCCAUUUUUGCAUGCAAAUGAAUUGUUUAGUUAAAUGUUCAUGUUUGUUACCAGCUGGAUGUUUAGAGUCUAGUUUAUUACUUUGGUUAGUUAUAACCAGUAAACUGUCUGAUUAUUAUUGCCUGUACUGUCACUUUACAAGUUAUUAAAUACUUCAUCAUUCA